UUGCAAGUGUAACCAGUAAUAAACGUGCGGCAAGUGCAGCAGCGUUCGACCGUUUCUCUAGGGGCAAGCGACACCUCCUGGUGGGGGACUUCAAAUCUGCUGUCGCUGCCUUCGAGGUGUGUCUGUUGCUUAGGAGGCAACAGAGUCCCUGGUGGAGCUGUGUGGGGAGCAGGCGCCCGAGUGUGGUGACGCGUACUGCCGCUGUGGCCGUGCAUUGCUGGAGCUGGCACGCAAGGAGGCAGGGGUGCUGGGGCCAGAUCUGGAUGGUGCCAGUAGUCAGGAGGGAAGCACAGGGGAAGAGGAGGACGAGGAGGAAGAGAGUUAAGAGUCACAAGAGGAGGAGGAAGGUGGAAAGAAAGAGGAAGGAGAGGAGGAGGAGGAGGAGGAGGAAGAUGGAGAAGGAAAGGAGAAAGAUAAGAAGGAAGGAAAUGCUGCAGAAGGAGAAGAUAGAAAUCAAAAACGUCACAAGACAGAAUAGUGAGCUGCAUGCACUUAUCACAGAGUAUAAAGUCACUCCCUCAGAGGAAAAAGACAAGGAUGGCAUGUCUUCAUGUGAGAACUCAGAAGCUAAAUGUACAGAUACCAAGGGGAAAUUGCUGGGUCAAGUGGCUACACUGACAUCUGAGGUUAGCAGGUUGGAGAGUGAGUGCAGCAGUCUUCAGGUUCAGCUAGACUGUGAGAGGGAUAAGUAUAACAAACUGCUGGGAGAAUCUCUUGCUCAUGAAAAGUUGUCUGAAGAUGUCAUAACUGAACCAAAAGGAGAAACAACAGGAUUGGGAGGAACUGAGCUUUAACAGAAGCUGCAACAACUGCAGGAGGCUCACAGGGUCCUGGAGAGCAGGUUAACUUGCAGCAUGAAGGAGGUGGCUGAGCUAAGUGACAGGAAGUAGCAGCUUAAGCAUGCUGUAGUGCAUGAGGAGACAGAGUCCAUCGGUGUAUGCAUGUUUUUUGCUCAUUUGAAUCAUCUGUAAAAGUGAAGUGGAGGAAGUGUUUACUGUUUACUGUAUGCCAUUUCCUUGGUCUUUUAAUGAAGAAUUUUAUCCUUCUUCAGGUGACUACAUCACCAUCUACCAGUUGCAGCGAGGAGUGAUGAAGCAACAAGCUCGAGAACGCGAGUUAGACCUUGCCAGCCUCCAUCAUGAAUGAGAGGAAA